CAACAUUGUCCUGCUUUGUUCGAGGGAUAGAAAGCGUCGCACUUGUCUUCGAUGAAGCGUGCAUGAAACCAGGCAAUGUCCACCAUGGUGUACCCACGUGAAGAAGCCCUGGAGAGACUGAGCCAGGAUGAGAUUGUCCUCAACACUAAGGCUGUCAUGCAGGGCCUGGAGACCCUGCGCGGGGAACACGCCCAGCUUCUCAACUCACUGCUUGAUUGCACCCAGCCACCAAUCGCCCAGGAGAAGUCGGGGCUGCUCCGCAAGAGUCUGGAGGCCAUUGAGCUUGGCCUGGGAGAAGCACAGGUGAUCAUUGCCCUGUCCAGCCACCUGAGCGCCGUGGAGUCGGAGAAGCAGAAGCUUCGCGCUCAGGUGCGUCGGCUCUGCCAGGAGAACCAAUGGCUGCGGGAUGAGCUGGCAGGAACGCAGCACAAGCUCCAGCGCAGCGAGCAGAGCGUUGCCCAGCUGGAGGAGGAGAAGAAGCACCUGGAGUUCAUGAACCAGAUCAAGAAGUUUGACGAUGACGUGUCACCCUCGGAGGAGAAGAGCCAGAGUGCGGGUGGUGGUGGAGGAGGAGACACUUCAAAGGACAGUUUGGAUGACUUAUUCCCCAACGACGAUGACCAGGGAGCAGCCCAGCGCAGCGGAGAGGUGGCGGCCCAGCAGGGAGGCUACGAGAUCCCGGCACGCCUCAGGACUCUGCACAACCUGGUCAUCCAGUACGCCUCGCAGGGAAGGUACGAGGUGGCUGUGCCACUGUGCAAACAAGCCCUGGAGGACCUGGAGAAGACGUCUGGACACGACCACCCCGACGUGGCCACCAUGCUCAACAUCCUGGCCCUGGUGUACAGAGACCAGAACAAGUACAAAGAAGCAGCCCACCUCCUGAAUGACGCCCUGGCCAUCAGAGAGAAGACGCUGGGGAAGGAUCAUCCAGCUGUGGCUGCAACUCUCAAUAACCUGGCUGUGCUGUACGGCAAGAGGGGCAAGUACAAGGAGGCUGAACCCCUCUGCAAGAGAGCGCUGGAAAUCAGACAGAUGGUGCUGGGGCAAUACCACCCAGACGUCGCCAAGCAGCUGAACAACUUGGCUCUGCUGUGUCAGAACCAGGGCAAGUACGACGAGGUGGAGUACUACUACAGACGAGCCCUGCAUAUCUACGAGUCCAAACUGGGAGCCGACGACCCAAACGUGGCAAAGACCAAAAACAAUCUGGCCAUGUGCUACCUGAAGCAGGGCAAGUUCAAAGAUGCUGAGGUUCUGUACAAAGAGAUCCUGACCAGGGCACACGAGAAAGAGUUUGGAUCUGUCAACAAUGACAACAAGCCAAUCUGGAUGCAUGCAGAGGAGAGAGAAGAGAGCAAGGAAGCCCGCAAGGACUCUGCUGGACCAUACGUAGAGUAUGGGAGCUGGUAUAAGGCCUGCAAGGUGGACAGCCCCACAGUGAACACAACCCUCAAAAGCCUGGGAGCUUUGUACCGUCGCCAGGGCAAACUGGAGGCAGCAGAAACACUGGAGGAGUGCGCCAGCAAGUCACGUAAACAGGGAAUCGAUGCUAUUAACCAGAGUAAAGUGGUGGAGCUGCUGAAGGACGGGGGAGCUGGAGGGAGCAACAGACGACAAAGCAGGGAAGGAAUCAACGGACCAGGGGGACAGCGGGGGGAGAACGAAGGUGACGACUCCGCUGAGUGGAACGGGGAUGGUAGCGGGUCUCUGCGUCGCAGCGGCUCCUUCGGGAAGCUCCGUGAAGCUCUGAGAAGGAGCAGCGAGAUGCUGGUGAAGAAGCUGCAGGGGAGCGGACCUCAAGAACCUCGCAACCCAGGAAUGAAGAGAGCGAGCUCCCUCAACUUCCUCAACAAGAGCACUGAGGAGACCACACAGGACGCCAACUCCGGACUGUCAGACUGCAGGGGACUGAGCGCCAGCAACGUGGACCUAUCCAGACGCAGCUCCCUGAUUGGCUAGACAGCGACAGGAAGUGGGACUGAGGAGGCACAGAGCGGCCCGACGCGGAGAGGCUGGUUGCAGCUUGGUUUGAUCAAACAAACACACUUA